AUGGAAGUCAAUCCGUGGGACGUCCGUCCGUCAAUUGCUUCAUCCCGAUCCACCAAAGUUCGGAUUUCAUGUCAGGAGAAACUUGCCAGAAAAGUGAAAUUAAAUCGUGAUCUAGCAAGUCCCGUUCCUUUGGCACCUCAAGCACCUUCCAGCGCGGCAAGACGUGUUUUACAGAAACUCAAUCUUGACUGCACCUAUCCAGAGUCUGAGGGUAAAGUUGUGAGUGACAUACCAUUGGCGAGUAAAACUCCCCUCAAAGAAACAAACGGCUGUGUGACACAAACCAUCGCUCCAAAGAUUAUCAUGGAAAGUGAUGCACCAGUUGUCGUUUAUAGCCAUGACUUAAAGUGCAGUCAAAAGUGUGGUCGAAUUUUGUCCAAACAUGGGUCUUUCUUGGGAAAAGCUAUUGAACUUGAUAAAUUCGAUGUCAUUGCCUCAAACUCCGCAAACAAUAUCUUGCCGGAGGAUUUCAAUUGCUUUGAAAAUGCAUCAGUGGAAUCACCGGAAGUUCCAUCCGUACUUGAAACUCGCGAUGUUGAAGAACCGGAAUUUUCGGAGCCACUAACUGAAUAUACGGUUGCACGCUGUACAACGACUGCAAACAAACAGCCCCGAACCGAAAUUUCAUCUAAAACACAAAGAUCUCAUCCAAUUUCCACUACCAGAGGUUUCAAAGCACCCACGAAAAACUAUUUGAAGCUGAAUUUGCGAAAAAAAUGUUUCAGCAAAAAAGGUGCGAUGCGUCAGCGUGCAUUGCAACGUCAGGUUCGUUUUGCAAAGUUCAAGCGUAAGUUUUCCUCAUGGAAUAAAGAAGACACGAAGUGUUUUCGUUGUGGAGCUACGGGACACUGGGCAAAUAAAUGUCCUUCAACUCUUAUGGAAUCCAAAACUCCCAUUGAACCGGGAACAAACAACCGCUACGCGUCCAAACUGGCCACAGCUAUUUGGAGAAUACUGGACGCGAAAGAGCUCGAUAAGCGUUACCAGCCUGCUCGACUCGAGGACUUGAAUCGUGGACAAGGUUUGACACAGCAAUCAAAACCAAACUUUGAAAAUACGGUGGAACGUUUCCGAGAACAGGCAUACGCGAUGUUGAAUAAAAUGGGUUUCCCCGAAUUUCGUCCCGGCCAAGAAUUGAUUAUUAUGCGCACUCUGCUGGGCACAUCGACCCUGGCUGUUUUACCUACUGCAGCCGGCAAAUCACUGUGCUACCAAAUCCCGGCUGCUAUUCUUCAGGUUUUGAAGCUGUCUGCUGGAUUGGAAGGUGCAUAUUUGAAUUCCAGCCAAAGUUUGGCAGUAAAAGAAGAGAUACUGGAAAACUCUCGGAAGUAA